AUGUCUACAUUUUCUAUCACACUGGACGUUGAGAGACAUGAGACGUCGCGGACUACUACAGAAGAAGACCGAUCAGCUGGCACACGCUGGCUAAAUUGGUGCAGUGGAGGGUGGAAAAAGAUCUCCUCUGCCCUCCGCCUCAUGCUGCGGCCAGUGGCCUUUGAGAAAAGUGGAAGUGCGGGAUUUGUUUUGGAUGUCCACAAGCGAGCAGCACAGUGCUGUUUCCUUUGUCUCCAGAGUCGGAACGGGUCGUAUGCCGUUCAAGUCCCUUGCAUCCGACCGAAGGAACCACGAGUAAUCAAGAGGAUCGUGGCAAAAAUCCCCCGACCCGAUGGUGGCAAGGUAUAUGAAAAGCUCAGUGACAAAGAAAAAGCGUUCGAAAGCGACGCUGCUAUAUGGGCUAGGAUGAAGGAGGUGUACUACGCUGACAAGGGCAAGUGGAAAGCGUGGCUCCCAUUCUAUGGGCCUACAUCUGUGCGAGAGGUCGAGUUUCAAUUCGUUGGUACUGAAGAGCAAAACGGGCGGUUCAAGAUAUUCGAUGUGAAGCCCGUCGAUGUUGAGAGGCUUCGUCAGGAAGCAGAUGAUAUAAUUGCGUCGGCGCCAGGCGAAGUCGACUUUGAUUACGGUAACGGAUGCAUGGGCUCUUCCCAUAGUACGAAAUGUGACAAGUCAAUCGAAUAUGACCGACCGUGUAUUUUGCAAAUGGCAAACGAGGCCCGCCAACGGAAAAGGAAAUUGGACAUGCUUCACCUGCUAAAGGACUGUAUCCGGGAUCCAUUGACCGCCAAUGGACUGAGAACAUUAGACGGCAUGGCACAAGACAGUUGCAUCUAUGAGUUGGAGUACGUCACACCGUGCUUCGACGACCGUGACUCUAACCUUAGCUACCCAGACGAGAAGACCGCAUUACCAUUCCGCAACGCGACCGUCCGUACGACCGAACAGAUAAGCUAA